UUUACAGAUCAGUGAAGUUUAUGUAAACAAAGCACUUAUCUGUUUAUAUUGUCCCAUUGUAAACAUAUAAUACGGGCUGGGCUUCACGAACUAAAUAAACAGUUAGUAUAGGAGAUAUAUCAUUAGGAUCAUAAUUGUAAUUAGUCAAUACCUAAUUACCUCUGUAUUCUGUACACAUCAAUAAAGUAUUCAACCUCCUUUCAUACAGUUAGAGCAUCAUGGUGUUCCUUGUAUCUCAAGCAACAGUCUAUAUUUACAUUACAAAACUAUAUUGUUUAGUCGGUGAUUAUAAGAACUUCACAAAACAGAUAAGAGAAUUUUGGGAAGUUAACAUAUUAGGCCAGAAGGCCUAAAAGAAAAGAAUCAAACGUGUUUAAAAAAAAAAAAAUAAUAUAUAUAUAUAUAUAUAUAUAUAUGUAUAUAUAUAUAUAUAUAUAUAUGUAUAUAUAUAUAUAUAUAUAUAUACCACAAGCAAUCUUAAACCCUAAACGCUUCUUUCUCUCCAAGGUUUGUUGGCGGCUACUCGAUGGGUCCUUGCCGUCCUUGCCGUCUUCGCGGUUCUUACGGUGCUCACGGUACUUACAGUCUUCGCCGCCCUAACCGUCCUUACGGUCGACCAAAUAUCAAACGGAAGAUAAUAAGAAGACUACCGGAGAUGGAGAUGGAGAUGCGUAUUCCUAUGCAUGUGGUCACGGAGGAGGUCCUUACGAGAAUGCCUGCUAAAUCAUUGAUGAGAUUCAAGUGCGUCUCAAAGCUUUGGUCAUCCCUCAUCAGCUCACCAUACUUCAAAGACCGUUUCCUCACUGUCCCAACCCGACAACGCCCACAUCUUUUCAUGUGUUUGCAGGAUGUCAAUGACCACAGUAGCUCGGUUCCAGACGCUAACAGUGAUGAUACUCCGUCUUCUUCUUCUUCCUUUGUAGUUGACCACACCAUCCCACGGAUGAGAGGCGGUUACAUCUGCCAAAAUCUACGCGGCUUCAUGUGCUACGACCUAUGGCAAAAGCCGCGUAUCUUUAACCCUGCCACUAGACAGCUUGUUACUUUACCCCCUGCCUUCAAUCCCAAUACUACCAAAGGCACCGUCUCCUACUAUUUCGGACACGACCCUAUUACAGACCAGUACAAAGUGGUCUGCUCAGUUGGUGUCCGUUUGACCGAUCAUCGUGUCUUUGUCCUCAAACCUGGAGGAGGAGGUUCCUGGAGAAAGGCGUAUCGACUUCCUCCUCCGGACUUUAUUCCUCAUAUUGCGGCCAGAGGAGGCGUGUGUAUCAAUGGGGUUAUAUAUUACCUUGGUUGGACUGCUGCUGAUAGCUGUAUGCUUGUGACUUUCCAUAUUAGAUCCCAUGACUUCAAAAUGAUCCAAGUACCUCUUCCGGAGGAGCUGCCUCCUCCUGCAAAGAUGAAGAAUGUGUGUCUUGUAGAGUAUGGUGGCAAAGUAACUGUCGUUGACCAGGCCAGUCUUAGAGAUAAGGGUAGGCUUGAUUUAUGGGCAUUGGAAGAUGCUGCAAACCAAAAAUGGUCGAGUAAGAGACUGGUUGUGAAGCCUUCUCAGCUAGAUUUUGUCAGAAACACUGAGUUUGUUGUCAGAGGUACAAGUCGAAAUGGCAAGGUUUUCUUGAUACCAACGGAUUUGGUUUCUCCCUUUCAAAUUCUCUGUUAUGAUCUGCAAAGCAACCAUAUGAGAAAGAUUGAUAUCAAAGGUGUACCGGACCACUGGUUUAGUAAGGACAAAUCCACCGUUGAAGUGAUGUUGAUGGAUCACAGUGAAACUCUCAUGUCCUUGAUGAAUACAUGAGAGAGUUUAAUCAUUCCCUUUCUACCAAGCUUUGUGUGUUUAGUUGAUUAAGAAGACAGUUUAAUUGUUGGUUUUUAUAUUGGCUGAUAUGUUAAGAAUUUUAUAGUGUUUUUUGUUUGUUUCAUUAUUGACUUACAUGAUAUAAGGACAAGACAAACCUAAUCAAGAUUAUCUUUCUUUUCCAACAGUCUGUUUGUUUUGUGAGGCCAUAAAUUCCUGCGGAGUAUCAUGUAAGAAAGAUAUCUGUAGAACACACAGGGAACUUUUGUAUGUGCUUCCUAGAGAUGAUGUGGUGAAACUAAAGGAUUCAGGAAUGAGGAAGGAGAGACAUGCUGACUACUAGAAGAGGCAAGUGAUAAAAGAAUUUGGUGUAUUACUUGCAAAUGAAGAAACCUAAAAAAGCUAGAAUCUACUUUGUUUUUCUUUUAUAAAAGCUAUCUACAAGCUGCUAUAUACAUAAACAAAGUUCAUUCCUGAUACGAAUUCUUAGUUUCAUAACAUCAUCUCUAGGAAGCUUAUAGCCACUUGUACUUUUUAACAGUAAGGUUAAAGAGUACACACAAUUGUAACAGUCCAGUGAAUUUUGUUUU